AGGAAAAGAUUCUAAAGAUGCUGUCUCGAACUAUGUUCAUCUCCAUUUUGAUUGCUAUGGGAUUUUUGGUAGCCGCUUCCGUUUCAUCAACAUGCAUGACAGAUGGUAAGGCUAGCCGACAUUACAAGAAGGAUCCAUACAGGUCGUACAGAAAAGGCGACACAAGGCACGAUGUUGCCAAAGCUGAAUGUUCAAACUCAGAUAAGACUCAAGAUGAUGCUUGUUCCUGUAACCCCUGUCUUCAUGGUGGAACUUGUAACCACAUCGAUGAUCCACCUGGAUACUCUUGUACGUGCUUUGAGGGAUACGAAGGAGACAUCUGCCAAGAAUCAACCGGGGGAGAUGAUGCUUGUUCCUGUAACCCCUGUCUUCAUGGUGGAACUUGUAACCUCGUCGAUUAUCUACCUGGAUACUCUUGUAUGUGCUCUCAAAUAUACGAAGGAGACACCUGCCAGGAAUCAACCGGGGGAGAUGAUGCUUGUUCCUGUAACCCCUGUUUUCAUGGUGGAACUUGUAACCUCAUCGAUGAUCCACCUGGAUACUCUUGUACGUGCUUUGAGGGAUACGAAGGAGACACCUGCCAGGAAUCAACCGGGGGAGAUGAUGCUUGUUCCUGUAACCCCUGUUUUCAUGGUGGAACUUGUAACCUCAUCGAUGAUCUACCUGGAUACUCUUGUAUGUGCUCUCAAGUAUACGAAGGAGACACCUGCCAGGAAUCAACCGGGGGAGAUGAUGCUUGUUCCUGUAACCCCUGUUUUCAUGGUGGAACUUGUAACCUCAUCGAUGAUCCACCUGGAUACUCUUGUACGUGCUUUGAGGGAUACGAAGGAGACACCUGCCAGGAAUCAACCGGGGGAGAUGAUGCUUGUUCCUGUAACCCAUGUCUUCAUGGUGGAACUUGUAACCUCGUCGAUUAUCUACCUGGAUACUCUUGUACGUGCUCUCAAGUAUACGAAGGAGACACCUGCCAGGAAUCAACCGGGGGAGAUGAUGCUUGUUCCUGUAACCCCUGUUUUCAUGGUGGAACUUGUAACCUCAUCGAUGAUCCACCUGGAUACUCUUGUACGUGCUCUCAAGUAUACGAAGGAGACACCUGCCAGGAAUCAACCGGGGGAGAUGAUGCUUGUUCCUGUAACCCCUGUUUUCAUGGUGGAACUUGUAACCUCAUCGAUGAUCCACCUGGAUACUCUUGUACGUGCUUUGAGGGAUACGAAGGAGACACCUGCCAGGAAUCAACCGGGGAAGAUGAUGCUUGUUCCUGUAACCCCUGUUUUCAUGGUGGAACUUGUAACCUCAUCGAUGAUCCACCUGGAUACUCUUGUACGUGCUUUGAGGGAUACGAAGGAGACACCUGCCAGAAUCCUCCAGAUGAAGUGAGCCCCAAUUCGGAUUUAACUUAUUACGAUAUUUAA